UUUGGAAGCUGCGUCCGAGCAGACUGGAUUCCCGGAGGCUAACUAGCUAAUGAUUAGCCACCUCCUCCGGUGAUUCUCGGAAUCCCGUUGCCGUCCUUCCUUUAUAUGCCGACAUGGUUGACAUUUUAGUCAAUUGGAUGCUAGGCGAGGGUAGUGUGUUAGCAUUAGCGCAAUGUGUUAGCUUUAGGACGACGGCUGGGAAUAUAUUUGAAGCCGGGGACCAAUUUGUUGCUGGCGCUGCAUCUCAUUUGGCGGUUAAAGGAGCGGUCGUCACCAUGACAACGUCCAUGGCCGGCCUCCUCCUGCUGAGGCUCCUCCUUCUCCUCCUCAUCGCCCCGCUGACGUUGAGGGCGGCGAUGGCUCAUCCCAACGCUUCGUCCGCCUUCCCGACCGCGUCGCUUUUCCAACCGCUCACUCAGCCCGAGUGCUCCAAGAAAGAACAUCCUAAAGUAUCCACGCAAGCGCUUGGUCCAUGGAUGUCCGCGUUCUCCUGGGCUGGCGUGCGGGAUUUCUCUCAGCUGACGCUCGACCUCGCCAGGAAUGAACUCAUUGUGGGCGCCAGGAACUUCCUGUUCAGACUUGACCUCAGCAACAUGUCUUUGAUCCAGGCGACGGAAUGGGCGCCCGACGACGAGACCAGGAGGUCCUGUCAGAGCAAAGGCAAGACGGAGGUCGAGUGUCAGAACUACAUCCGAGUGCUGCUGGUGAACAAGACCCAAGUCAUGACCUGCGGGACCAAUGCCUUCCAGCCCCUCUGCACCACCAGAGAGGUGGGCAACAUGAGCAAGGUGUUGGAGCGCGUCAACGGCGUGGCCCGCUGCCCGUACGACCCUCGCCACAACUCCACGGCCGUGUUGACCGAGCGCGGAGAACUCUACGCCGCCACCGUCAUCGACUUCUCCGGACGCGACCCCGUCAUCUACCGCAGCCUCGGGGGGAUGCCGCCGCUUCGCACCGCCCAGUACAACUCCAAGUGGCUCAACGAGCCGCACUUCAUCGCCGCGUACGACAUGGGCCUGUUCACCUUGUUCUUCCUGCGGGAGAACGCGGUGGAGCACGACUGCGGCAAGACGGUGUACUCGCGGGUGGCGCGCGUGUGCAAGAACGACAUCGGCGGCCGCUUCCUGCUGGAGGACACGUGGACCACCUUCAUGAAGGCCCGACUCAACUGCUCGCGCUCGGGCGAGAUCCCCUUCUACUACAACCAGCUGCAGAGCACCUUCCACCUGCCUGAGCAGGACCUCAUCUAUGCCAUCUUCACCACCAACGUCAACAGCAUCGCAGCAUCAGCCGUUUGCGCCUUCAACCUUAGCGCGAUCACGCGCGCCUUCAACGGUCCGUUCCGCUCCCAGGAGAACCCUCGUUCCACCUGGAUGCCCACCCCCAAUCCCAUCAGCAACUUCCAGUGCGGUACCAUUGAGGACGAGGGUCCGAACGAGGGUCUGACGGAGCGCAGCCUGCAAGACGCCCAACGCCUCUUCCUGAUGAACGAAGUGGUGCAGCCAGAGUCGGUGGAUCCGCUGGUCAUGCAGGACGACGUGCGCUUCUCCCACCUGGCCGUGGACAUCGUGCAGGGCAUGGACACGCUCUACCACGUCAUGUACAUCGGCACCGAGUACGGCAGCAUUCUGAAGGCGCUGGCCACGUCCAACAAGCACCUGCAAGGCUGCUACCUGGAGGAGAUGGAGCUCCUCCCACCUGGGAAGCGCCAGCCAAUCCUGAGCCUGCAGAUCCUGCACAGCGACCGCUCGCUCUUUGUGGGCCUCAGCGACAGAGUGCUGAAGAUCCCCCUGGAAAGAUGCUCCACAUACCACACUGAGAUGCUGUGUUUAGAGUCCCGGGAUCCUUACUGCGGUUGGGAUAUGCGCCAGCGGCGCUGCACAACGCUGGAGGACAGCACCAACAUGAGCCAGUGGAAGCAGAACAUCACGGCGUGUCCGAUGCAGAACCAGACCACGCACGGCGCCUUUGGAGAGUGGACGGCGUGGCAGGCGUGCAACAACGACGACGGCGUGGACGGCGUCAGCUCGUGUUUGUGCCGGUCCAGGUCGUGCGAUAGCCCCGCCCCUCGCUGCGGAGGCAGGAAGUGCGAGGGCCCCACCAUUGAGGUGGCCAACUGCUCCAGAAACGGAGGCUGGACGCCCUGGUCGUCAUGGGGACAGUGCAGCACCAGCUGCGGCACGGGAUUCGAGCUGCGCCAGCGCUCCUGCAACAACCCGGCGCCGCGGCACGGAGGUCGCGUCUGCGUGGGGGCGAGCCGCGAUGAGAGGUUCUGCAACGAGGGCGUCUCGUGUCCCCAGCCGGUCCUCUGGUCCCCAUGGGCCUCAUGGACCAAGUGCAGCAGCGAGUGCAGCGGAGGGGUGCACUCGCGGGUACGCACCUGCGAGAAUGGCAACAGCUGCCCGGGAUGCGCCCUGGAGUACAAGGCGUGCAACCUGGAAGCAUGUCCGGAGGUGAAGCGCAACACGCCGUGGACGCCGUGGAUGCCGGUCAACGUGACGCAGGGCGGCGCGCGUCAGGAGCAGCGCACCCGCUACAUGUGCCGCGCUCGCCUGGCCGACCCGCAUCAGCUGCAGAUGGGCCGGCGCAAGCUGGAGACCCGAUACUGCCCCAACGACGGCACCGCCGCCUGUGACACUGACGACCUAGUGGAGGAGCUGCUUCGGACCCCGCUGGUCCGAGGGGCGGGCGGCCCCGGCUGGUCUUCGUGGGACUCCUGGUCCGGGUGUUCGCAAAGCUGCUCCAAAGGAUACCGCACCAGACGAAGAUCCUGCGCCGGACCGGAGGGCAAGAGCACCCCCGUGGCCUGCAGAGGUUCCCCUGUGGAGUACCAGGACUGCAACGUCCAGGCCUGUCCCGUGAAGGGGGCGUGGUCGUGUUGGUCGUCGUGGUCGCAGUGUUCGGCGGCGUGCGGCGGCGGCCACUACCAGCGCACCCGAGCGUGCGGCAGCCCGCCGCCGGCCGGCGGGGGCGACAUCUGCCUGGGGCUGCACACCGAGGAGGCGCUCUGCAACACGCACACGUGUGACGGUGGCUGGAUGGCCUGGUCGCUGUGGUCGGCCUGCGACGACUCGGGGGUACAGAUGAGGACCCGAACGUGCGGUGCCGCCGGCGGCGCCCCCUGCAUCGGCAACGCCACCCAGCGGAGGGACUGCAACGAAAUACCCGUCAUCCUCCCCGCGCCGGCCUUUGACAAGGACCAACUCUGCGGGGCGUUCACGUCCAUCCACCUGAUCGCCACCGGGGUGUCCUGCUUCAUGGGCGCCGGUCUUUUGUCCUUCCUGGUCUACGUGUACUGCCAACGCUUCCACAAGCCGUCGCAAGAGUCGGCCGUCAUCCAUCCGACCACGCCCAACCACCUCAACUACAAGGGCAACGCCACGCCAAAGAACGAGAAGUACACACCGAUGGAGUUCAAGACGCUGAACAAGAACAAUCUCCUACCGGACGAGCGCUCCAACUUGUUCCCGCCGUCGCUGCAGCAGCCCAACGUGUACACCACCACGUACUACCCGCCCGCCCUGGGCAAGUUCGAUUACCAGCCCAACGCCUCGCCGUCGCCCUGCCGGACCUACAACCACACCAACAACAGCUGAGGCCCGCCGACUCCUCCCCAUGACCCCCCCUCCCCCCGCUUUACCACCACUCCAAAACCGACCCAGCCCCGCCUCCCUGCCGUGACGUAACAAGCCGGAACUUUCCGCAAGGAGAAUGCGGCUUCGCUUGACGAAAGGAGCGGGAACUUGGACUAAGUGGGUGACGGCGAACUUCUGAAAGUCCUGCUGAUGACCACCGGAAAGAUGUGCAGGGGGGUGGGCGCAGUUGUAAAUAAUCCCACCCCCCACCCUGGCAGAAAGACUUUAAUGGAUCGUCCAGUCAAAUCGCUCCGGAGCAAAAUAGCGCGGCGGUCAUAUCAAAUAUGGCCGACGCGCUGCAUUAAAGUGAGGGUUCGGAAUAAGCUAGUAGAUGACACUUCCUUUUCAAGAUGGACCAUAAAAAAUGGUUGAAAGUAGGGCUUUCAAGCCUGGGUUAGGGCGUCAAAAGGAAGGCGUUAACUUUGGGCUACAGUUUUAAAUAAAGGGGAGGGUUUUAAGUUAACGUUUCAGGUUAAGGGUUGAAAAAUUUACGGUGUCCAAUCGGGAUUGGGGUUUUAAAUUAAAAGUUAGGGUUCAAAUUAGGGCAUAAACCCCGGUGACAGUUUCAGACGAUGGUUAGCAUUUCAAAUUAGCGAAACAGGUGUGUUACAUGUAAAGGUUAGGUUUUCACAUUAGGGAGUGACAAUGCCUGAGAUUUCAAAAGAGGGGGUCAAGCCAGGGUUCAGGUUUCAAACUUCAGUCCCGAUUUCAAACCCAAGCUUGAAACCUCAACUGAGGCUCCAAAUUGUAACUCGCAACUCUAAUUUGAAGCCCUAACACUAUGCUGAACCCAGGCGUAAUUUGUAACCCUCAUCUUGAUUUGACCCCUGAAUGUUGAACCUGGCCCUUGAAACUCCGCCUCCUGACUGGCAACCCUCGUUCAGAGCCCGAACUCAGCUUUGACACCCUAACCCUUUUUGCAGCCCUACCCUGUCUUUGUUUCAAGCCCUUUGGAAGCCAGUAGCAUAGCACCACUAACUCUUCUUCUUCUUCUUUGUUGGUAAACUCACUUCAUUUCAGUUGUUUCUUUUCUGUGUGUAUGUGUACUUGUGAAUAGAGGCAACCGGGGACUUUGGUGUCAUGACACACUCACGCCCGGGAGACUCCGCGCACGCUGGAUUUGAUUCCAAUGCCACUACUGUACUUGUGUGUGUGUGUGUGUGUGUGUGUGUGUACAUUCGGCAGAAAACCCGAUCAUAUGACAACCUCUAAAAGGACAUGUAGACAUAUAUCAUGGAUGUGUAUAUCGACACGUGUGUCUGUUCUGUGUGGUUUUUAGGGAAGCCUUAUAGUCCGCGCACGCACGCACAUAAUGAAAUGUGUGGGGACUGGCGUGUGUGUGUGUGUGUGUACGUGCGUGUGUGUGUGUGUGUUUUCUAUGCAAGUCGUGUGGAGGGGCGUGUUGUCGUCCGCACUGUGAAUCUUUUUGCUACUUUCUAUUUUUCUACCAGCAGCGCCGCAAAACUCAAUAAAACUUCAAAAGGAC